CCCUCCACCGAGCUAGACGCUACCACCCUUAGUUGACAAUCCAAUGAUCUUCUUACAUAAUUUACGUUCUAAACCAGUGAAUUUCAGGGAAAGUCCCCCCAAGUGGAGUAUUAAAGUUGUGAAUUAUUGUUUAAUGCAGCAAUGUUUUGUCGCAAUUUUCGCAAUUUUCAAAAUGUUCAACCAUGCUUGGUAUCAAGGUCUUCGAAUGGAGCCAAACCCAAAGCAGUUACAUCCGUAAACUGCUUUCAUAACCGGUCAAAUCCUUCGACAUCUCUGCCGGUGAGACAGACCACUUUACAUCGGCAUACUCCGCCAGCAGUACGGGGGAUUGCCAAUUCAGCUUUCCGUUACCAGGAGUCGGAAUCAUCUGUGAGUCCGAGCUCAGCGGCGUCAAGCGUCUCUCGAGUUACAGCCUCUCCAGUCGGCUUUGCCAAGAAUCUUUGUCUCGGCAAAUUUAACAAGGACGAUGCAUUCCCUUUCCCUGAAAUCACAAUGGAGCAGUUUGAUCACCUCAACCAAAUGUGUGAUCCCAUUGAAAAAUAUUUCAAUGAAGAAGUGGACUCCACAGCAAUUGAUGUAAAUGCCAAAAUUGAUGAGAAGACGUUGCAAGGAUUGAAAGAUCUUGGUCUCUUUGGUCAACAAGUUCCUGAAGAUUAUGGUGGACUUGGACUGUCAAACACAGAAUUUGCUCGCCUAGCUGAAAUCACUGCACAAGAUGGUGCUAUUGCUGUCACAUUAGCCGCACAUCAGUCCAUAGGUUUCAAGGGCCUUCUGAUUGCUGGAACUGAAGAACAGAAAGCCAAGUAUCUUCCCAAGCUAGCUACAGGUGAACUGGUGGCUGCUUUUUGCCUUACAGAGCCUUCAAGUGGCAGUGAUGCAGCCUCCAUUCGAACCAAGGCAACUCUAAGUCCAGAUGGUAAACAUUAUCUACUUAAUGGAGGAAAGAUUUGGAUCUCCAAUGGAGGGAUUGCCGAUGUGUUUACGGUCUUUGCCAGAACAGAAGUAGUGGACGAACAGGGUGAAACCAAGGAUAAGAUUACAGCUUUCUUUGUGGAGAGAAACUUUGGAGGGAUCACCAAUGGCAAGCCAGAAGAUAAACUAGGAAUCAGAGGUUCAAACACUUGUGAGGUGUACUUCGACAACACCCCUGUGCCUCUAGAAAACAUCAUAGGAGAAGUAGGUGGUGGUUUCAAGAUGGCUAUGAACAUCCUCAACAGUGGUCGUUUUAGCAUGGGCAGCUCUGGAGCUGGCAUGCUUAAAAAACUCAUAGGUAUGACCACCGAACAUGCCUCACAGCGCAAGCAGUUUGACACCAAGCUGAAGGAGUUUGGUAUGAUACAGGAGAAGGUAGGAAGGAUGACUAUGUCAGCCUAUGCGAUGGAGAGCAUGGCCUAUCUCACUGCUGGUUUACUGGACAGGCCAGGCACACCGGAUUGCUCCGUAGAAGCUGCAAUGGUCAAGAUCUUCAGUUCAGAAGGAGGAUGGGUAUGUGUGAGCGAAGCUCUGCAGAUUCUUGGUGGUUUGGGCUACAUGAAGGACUAUCCAUACGAGCGCUACCUCCGUGAUAGUCGUAUCCUCCUCAUCUUUGAGGGAACCAAUGAGAUCCUACGGUUGUAUGUUGCUCUCACCUGCCUGCAGCAUGCUGGGAAGGAACUUGGUGCUAUGGUCAAGAAACUUCAGAAUCCAGUAGCAAAUCCAGGUUUUGCAUUCAAGAUGUUGACAGGUCGAUUCCUAGGUCGCCUUGGACUCAAGUCAUCAGGCAAUGUCAAACUCCAGCAUAAUGAUGGAGGCGUUCAUCCUUCUCUUGAGACAAGUGGGAAGCAGCUAGCUCAGUGUGUCACAUCAUUCCAGCAGGUAGUAGAAGGAAUUCUCAGCAAGUACAAGAAGGAUGUUGUGAAGGAACAGCUGAUCUUGAAGCGAGUGGCUGACAUCCUGAUUGAUCUCUAUGGUAUGACUGCCGUCCUGUCCAGGGCUUCAAGAGCCAAGACCGUUGGACUCAGGAACUGUGACCACGACGUCCUCAUUGCAACCACCUUUGUCAACGAGGCUGAAAAGCGCAUCGCACAAAAUAUCUAUGAUAUUGGUCUAGCUCCAAGUCUCAACAACGAUGCUUCCAUCAUGAGGAUCGCAGAGGAAGUGUUUGAUAACCAUGGUUACAAGGCAUCUCAUCCCCUCACCAAGGAGUUCUAAACUAAUCUAAUCUAAAACUUGAAACUUUCACAAUCAUGAAAUGUUCGCCUGUUUUGCGAUCGGUUCCAUGCCGCAAAAAAAAGUAAUCACCAUCGACGCACUAGAUUUUACAAUGUUGCUUGUGGUUCAGAUUUGCAAAGUUCAUGCCAUAAAGUGAUAUAAUUUCUAGACACAACACUAAAUUUCCCAAAUUGCGAAGUUGUUUGCCGUCAUUUUUUGAAAGUUUCUGGUUUGACAGUAUGUGCAAGAUAAUAUAUUCCAUCUUUAAUUUAUGUAUCUUUCUGUUAAAAAAGGCUUAUGAUUAUUUAUUUUGUAAUAGAAUUACAUGUCCAUAUAGUGGUUAAAAAAGAUAAGAAGAAGCAGGUACCAGGGUAGAUGUUACAGUGUACCCUUAUAAAAGUGAAAACCUAAAUGCUUUUGGGAGAGUGCCAACUUGCAGUUCUUUGUGGUGUGCACAAUUCUAGACACAUUUCCAUACAAGCAGGUACGUGUAAAGUAGGAAGCCAUUAGUGCAAUUACAGAUAUGGACGAUUGAAGAUUUGUAAUGAAUACAUAUUUAGGCAGAGAUGUGUUUGUUUGCUUAUCAUCUGUCAUUUUUGGAAUAUGUUACAUGCACGGUUUAACAGGGUUCUCAUACAAAAAGCUUUAAAACUUGCAUUUUUUCUGUGGACCAAGUGGUAGGUGCCAACAUGUCUUCAAUAGGGAAUGAGACGCAAGUUAUUUGGAAGAUAAUAUCCUUUUCAUAUUGCUCUCACCAGAUCUGGUAACGCAUUUUAAAAGAAAAUUUGAACAGCCUUUUUCAACUUACUGAGAGAAUGGAUCAACAAAAUCAAUACUGUGUAAGCCAGUAUACAGGUUGCUUACAUGUUCCAAUGGGCAGUUCAUUUAGAUGUUGGUCCUUUUAAGUGUACAGUGUAUUCAACUAUUCAUUUAUCUGUAAACUGAUUUCGUCUCAAUUACCUGGCCAAUAACAACCAAUGAAACAUAUUUUUUUCAGUAGAUGAUCAAGCCUAACAUUUAACAGUACCUUGAUAGCAUUUAGCAGAAUAUUGGAUGAGGAGGUUUCUACUCAUUUACAAUGUUGCAGAUGUGAUAUGUUUACUUGAAAGUACAUGUACAUCGAUGGCUAAAUUGUCACUUUUGUUCAUCACAAAAGAACAUAUUCCUAUGUUAUAUGAGAAUCAAAGCCCGUUUGUUCAAAUUCAUUUUCUUAACCCUUUAGCAACUUAACCGCUCGUCCAUUUUCAAUGGGGUCUACCAUGACAAUCUUAUACGUGCGUAAUCCUUACUGAAUUCUGCAUAGAAAAAUAGCACAUGUAAUAUGUUACAUAUUGUUCAGAACAAUGUAAAAAUGAAAGCAAUAUUACAUCUUCCAGUGAGUAAUAGGCUUUUUUUAACAAAAUCUCUAGUUGCUAAUGGGUUAAGAGACAUGAAUUUGCACCGCCUGUGAAAGUGAAUGUACUUGGUAUACUUGUAUUGAAAUAAAAUAAAAAUUUCAGUCAAACCUAAA